AUGGGUGUGCCUCUCCCGGUGUCCCUGUCCUGUUCCCGGUGUCCCCUCCCCUUGCCGGCCCGGGCCAUGCCCCCGGCCGGCCCCCUCUCCCGGGCGGGGCUGCCCCGUCCCCGUCCCCGUCCCCGCCCCCGGGCGGCCCGGCGCGGUGUGGCCCUGGGCCGGCUGCCGGCGGGGCGGCUGCGGCGCUGCUGGGCGCUCCUCUGCGGCUGGGUCUGGGCCGGGCUCGGCGUGGCCGCCCCUUGGCUCCGUCUGCCCCUCCCGGGGCCGGCGGGGGACACAGGCGUCGCGGCGCCGCCGCCUCCUAGUGCGGCUUCCCGGGCAGAGCUCCGCCCGCUCGGCAGCCCGGCCGCCGGCAGCCAGGCCGCCCGGUGCCCGCUGCGGGUGGGGGCAGCCCGGCCCAGGGCGGCUGAGGGCGCUCGGGGCCGUGCCGGGCCCGGGCCGAACGCUGACGGCCACGUCUCGCCCGCACGGAAGGCGAAGGAGCCCCUGCAGAAGCGGUACCGGGUGGGUUCGCUGCUGGGCAGCGGCGGCUUCGGCCGCGUCUACGCGGGGACCCGCCUGGCGGACGGAGCCCCGGUGGCCAUCAAAUGCGUGUCCCGGGAUGGCAUCCAGCAGUGGGGCGAGCUGCCUGACGGCACCCGGGCACCCCUGGAGAUCGUGCUGCUGGACAAGGUGUCCAAUGGGUUUCGUGGGGUCAUCCAGCUCCUGGAGUGGUUCGAGCUCCCCAACAGUUUCUUGUUGGUGAUGGAACGUCCGGAGUGCUCUCAGGACCUCUCUCACUUAAUCACGGCAUGGAGGUUCCUGCCGGAGGAGAUGGCGUGGGGGCUGUUCCGCCAGGUGCUGAAGGCCGUGCGGCACUGCAGCAGCUGUGGCGUCCUGCACCGGGACAUCAAGCCCCAGAACAUCAUCCUCGACCUGGCCACCGGCGAGGCGAAGCUCAUUGACUUUGGAUGUGGCACGUUCCUUCAGGACACGGCCUACACACAGUUUGCAGGAACACCGUCGUACAGCCCGCCAGAGUGGAUCUGGCUCAGAAGCUACCACGGCGAGGCGGCAACGAUCUGGUCCCUGGGCAUCCUGCUCUACCAGAUGGUCUGCGGGGAGCACCCUUUCUGGAAAGGCAGGAGCACCAUCUGGGGCCAGCUCCCGUUCCCACGAUGGGUCUCUCAAGGGUGCCAGCACCUUAUCAGGGGGUGUUUGUCCAUCCGCCCCUCAGACAGGCCAUCGUUGGAAGACCUAUUCUGCCAUCCUUGGGUGCAGGGCGUUCAGCUGCCCUAGGAGACGGGAGAGAUCCACGUGCUCAGUUUGAUCCAGGGGCCUGGCAAGUAACACCUCCACACAUCUCUUGGCAACAAGAAGCAAAGAAAACCAAACUUUUUUGUCCUGCACAUAGCACUGGGGGGAAUCAUCCCCUGGGAACACGCCCCUCUUUGUGCUGGAGCUGGGCUGCAGAGCCUGGCUGGUCUCCCAGGCGCUGGUGGCCACCAUCUAACCUGGCUUUGCUCGUCCCACCUCACAGACAGCUGGGGCCCUUGGCAGAACGCUGACAGCCUGGUCUCGCCCACAGGGAAGGAGAAGGGGCCUCUGGAGAAGCUGUGCCGGGUGGGCCUGCUGCUGGAGACAUGAAUGACGGCAC